AGUCUCGGCGGGACCCUUUCCAUCUCUAUGGUCUCCCCCACCACCACCUUGCUUAGAGGAGGCUUCGUGGGGUCUCGUUGCGCCUGCGCGAUCCGCAGCCUUGGCCAUGAGAGUGAUAGUCGGGGGCGGAACCGGAUUUGUGGGCCGAGCCUUAACGCAGCUGCUGAGGAGCCGUGGGCAUGAGGUGACCGCUGUUUCCCGCCAUCCCGGGAAGGACCGGAUCACCUGGGAUGAGCUUUCCCGUUUGGGGCUCCCCCCCUGUGAAGGUGCCGUCAACCUAGCUGGGGAAAACGUCCUGAAUCCCCUUCGUAGGUGGAGCGAAUCCUUCCGCCAGGAGGUGGUCGCCAGUCGGGUGGAGACCACAAAGACUUUGGCGAAAGCCAUUGCAGAAGCGGAGCACCCACCUCGCUCCUGGGUCCUUGUCACCGGCGUAGGCUAUUACCGGCCCAGCCACACCACCAAAUACACCGAGAAUAGUCCCGGCGGGGACUUCGACUUCUUCUCUCGUCUGGUGACCCGUUGGGAGGCCGCAGCUCAAGUCCCCGACCAGGCCACGCGCCAGGUGGUGGUGAGAUCCGGUGUCGUGUUAGGCAGAGACGGUGGAGCCAUUGCCCAGAUGCUGUGGCCCUUUCGCCUCGGCCUGGGGGGGCCCAUCGGGUCGGGCCUGCAGCCUUUUCCUUGGAUCCACGUGAUGGAUUUGGCGGGCAUCAUAGCCCAUGCGCUGGAGCACGAGGGCGUCAGCGGGAUCCUGAACGGCGUCGCUCCUUCCGCGGUCACCACCAGUAACAAGGAUUUCGCCCAAGCCCUGGGAUCAGCACUCCGACGCCCCGCCGUGCUGCCCCUGCCUGGCUUUGUGGUCUCCGCUGUCUUUGGUUCAGAGCGAAGCAUCAUGUUGCUGGAAGGGCAGCGGGUGGUGCCUGAACGGACCCUGGAGAGCAGUUACCAUUUCGCUUUCCCCGACUUGCCCUCCGCCCUCCGGGACAUUCUAACCUGAUGGAGGGGAAAGGGGGGGACUAGCUUUAAUAGCACUUUCUCUGCAUGUUAUAAAGGAAGGGAGAAUCAAGGGCCGUUUCCUUUCUCCUUGGCUGUGAAGCCCUCACCGCGCCUUGUACAUAUAACGUUUUAGUAAGCUGUUCAAGAAGGUUUGUCCACUCAUGCCCUGUUUGUGGGGAAAAAACCCUUUCUCGUUCUAGAACUA